UGAAGAGUAAACACGGUUUCUGGGGGAAAACCAAGUAAACUGUUUAUGAUUUUUUUGGGGGAGAGAACUUGGAAACUCUGAAUGUAAGAUAAUUUAGUGUGUGUUAUCUUAUCCAGAGCGUGACUUUUGAUCUUUCACGGUCACAAGCUGGUUAGGAGAGAAGAGCAGGGGCUUAAAGAACAGAGUAAACAAAGUUGCAUAAAGAAAAGCACUUAAUGAGUGUUUAAAAAAUAAAGCGAGAGAGAGAGAUGGAGGGAAAAGGGGAGGAGAGUAAGGCAGCUCAAGUCGCAUAUCAAGAGAAGAUUUGUGGAAACGGAGAAAAAUACUGCACACACGUACACACGGACAUGUUGUUCUUCUGAAAGACGCUUAAUCAUACACACACACACACACACACACACACACACACACACACACAUCAACAUCUUAAACAGGCAUCCCGAUCGUGUGUGUACCCGCUGCAGGAGCUCUGGAAGUCAAGGUGUCUAUCUUCAUUAAAUGAUGCUUCACCACAACUGCUCCUCAUCCCCAUUCCCAGACCCUUCAUGGUGCCUGGAAUCUGGCGAGUGCAUCUUGGAGAACCUAAGUUUAGAGGACGUGGCGGAUUUGUGUGAGAGCCGGAGCGUGUAUGUGGAAAAGUUUUUGGGACCACGGCGCUCUCCUCACUUUCUGCCAAUCUGUGUCUCCUAUUUAAUCAUCUUCUGUGUCGGAUCGCUGGGAAAUGGACUAACGUGCACUGUGAUCAUGCGCCAUCGCUCCAUGCGCACACCCACCAACUUCUACCUGCUCAGCCUGGCCAUUUCAGACCUGCUGGUGCUCCUGUUGGGUUUGCCGUUGGAGCUUUAUGAGCUGUGGUCCAACUAUCCGUUCCUGCUUGGAACCGGAGGCUGCUACUUCAAAACGUGCCUGUUCGAGAUGGUGUGUUUCGCCUCAGUGCUGAAUGUUACGGCGGUCAGCGCCGAGCGAUACCUCGCUGUCGUCCACCCUCUACGUGUUAAGCACGUCAUGACACAUGGCCAUGUCAGACGGGUCAUCGUGACGCUGUGGAUCGUGUCAUUUCUUUGCGCUUUGCCCAACACCAGCUUGCACGGCUUGAAAAUGUUACCUCCGAAGUUCGGCCAGAGUUUUCCCGAGUCAGCCGUGUGCGACCUGGUGAAGCCUUCAUGGAUCUACGGGCUGCUAGUCCAGCUUACUGCGCUCUUCUUCUUCCUCAUUCCCAUGAUGAGCAUCGGCACGCUUUACCUGCUCAUCGCACUCCAGCUGCACCAAGAAACGUUACUGCAGGACAACGCCACAGCCUGGCACCCAGGAGCGCAGAAAAUACGCCAUCGCCAGGUCACCAAAAUGCUGUUUGUAUUGGUGGUGGUGUUUGCCAUCUGCUGGGCGCCAUUUCACAUCGACCGUGUCAUGUGGAGCUACAUCGACAACUGGAGCGAACAGAACCUACACGCCUUCGAGUUGGUUCACCUGACCUCAGGUGUGUUCUUCUACCUGAGCUCAGCCGUUAACCCCAUCCUGUACAGCCUGAUGUCCUCGCGCUUCAGAGGGCUGUUCCGGGAGGUCGCGUGCCGAAAGAACGAGCAGAAAUUCAACAUUACGCAGAUCACCUUUCGCACCACGGUGUGA